AGUUCCCUACAGGCGUAAUAACGCCGGAUGAUGCUAUCGGUCAACAAACACCCGAAAUAAAUAGUGGACCGGUUUCAAUUCAACAUGUAUUUCAUCCAAAUACUCCACAUCCACAAUUACUUUCAAUAUCAACUACCGAUAGUAUUACCCCAUUUUUCGAUCAAUUCUCAUCAAUGUCAAAUUCUAUUAGAUCAUUUCCUCCUUCACCUACAAGUCCACCUAACAUCCCUUCAGGAUAUCCAUCUCCUCCACAAAAAAUAUCACAUUGUAUAAGAGGAAAUGAUGCGUUAUUUCCCGCUCAAUUUUCUGAUACCGUCGCAGACACUUUAAAUCAAAGUUCACCAAUACUUCCUAAUCAAUCAGCUGUUUGCUUUACGAAUACACAAGAGAAUGGAAUGGUAACUCCACCAAUGAUGAUAAAUGGUCACAAUUAUUAUCAUCCAUAUCAUCAAAUGAUGGAUCACAGUUACGCAUAUCGGCUUAUAGCUGAAGAAAAUAAAAGACGGCGAAACACUGCUGCUUCCGCAAGAUUUCGUAUAAAGAAAAAAUUGCGUGAACAAGCUCUCGAAAAAACUUCUAAAGACAUGACUGCAAAAGCUGAGGUGCUCGAAAAUAAGGUGCGCGAACUAGAGAAGGAAAUAAAAUGGUUAAGAUCUUUGAUUGUUGAAAAGGAUGCCCGACUUUUGGAUAUCGAACGUCCUAAAGAGCAACCUGAUCAAGAUUAA